AUGUCUUCUACCAAGGCCUUUACAUUUCUGCCCCUGGGCGCUAUUAUUCAAAAGUUUGUAGUGAACGGGAAGAACAUUGUCCAGGGCUUCCCAUCGGCAGAACUGUACAAGCAAUACAACGCCCCGUACUUUGGCGAGACAAUUGGUCGUAUCGCCAACCGCGUGUCCAAGGCAAAGAUCAACGACCUCAACGGGAAGUCCUACCAGCUGCCAGUUAACAACGGUCCUAACUCUCUUCAUGGUGGAAACCUCGGCUGGGGAAAGCGAGAAUUCGAAGGACCGUCUACUGUUGACCGUGAUGGAAAGGAGGCUACCUUCUUCAAAUACAUCAGCAAGGAUGGCGAAGAGGGCUACCCCGGUACUGUAGAGGUACGCGUGUGGUAUGUACAAGCUAGAGAGGAAGUAGAUGGUGCUCAACAGGAAGUCUUGUACAUCGAAUAUGAGGCUGAAUUGGUUGGCGAUGAGGUCGAAGAGACUGCAAUCAACAUGACCAACCACAGCUACUUCAAUUUAUCUGGCGGGCCCACUAUCACGGGAACGGAAGUGAACCUCAUCACAAACAAGUACCAAGUCGUAGACGAUGGCGGCAUUCCCACUGGGCCUAUCGAAGAGUACCCUGGCGUCAGCGCCAAAAAGACCUUCACCUUGGGGCAGAAAGAGCCUGACAUCGACGACUGCUUCGUUGCCAACACCGACCCCAGCAGCAUCCCCAUCGAUACUCGUUCCUCGCCUCUGCAAAAGCUCGCGUCUUUCUACCAUCCAGAGAGCAAGAUUCAUCUCGAGAUUCACUCGACUGAACCAGCCUUCCAAUUCUACACUGGUAAAUAUAUCGAUGUACCUGCUGUUGGCGAUGUUCCUGCCAGAGGCGCCCGUUCUGGCUUCUGUGUCGAACCCAGCCGCUAUGUGAACGCUGUCAACGUUCCCGAGUACAAGUUUAUGAUGACACUCAAGAAAGGCGAGAAGUAUGGCACUAAGAUUGUGUACCGUGGCUGGUCAGCUUGA